AUGAACAAGUAUUUUGGAGGGAAAAGGAUUACAUACGCUGACCUAGAGAAGCAAAUGUUGGCAAUGAAAUCAAAGCCAUCUCAGGAUCGUUUAAAGAUGGCCGCACUGUACUUCUUAGCCAGUAUCCUCGUCGGAGGCCGAAAGAGUGGAGAGGGAGCAUCACAUGUGGACAAUUUCUUCCAGACUGUUGUUGAUGACCUAAAUGCGUGUAUACAGUUCCCUUGGGGGCGGUAUGCAUUUGAACAUAACUUGAAGGAUGUCUCUAGCUUCUUGGAGAAAUGCGACGGGGUUGUGCCGACGAGUUGGGUUUUUACAAGCUUUCCUAUUCCUUUGGAGUUGUUGGCGUUUGAGGCAAUUCCAAGCUUGAGGAACCAUUUCCGAGAAAGUGUGAAUAGUGCACGCCCUGGUUGCCCGCGGAUGUGCAAAAUGCAGUACAAACGCAAAGGUGUAACCAAAGCAUUCAGUUUGAAUGCAGUGAACGUGAAUCUUGGUGAUAAUAAGGUAAGUAAUGUUGUACGUGUAUUUGGCACAAGAUAUUGCGAGUAUUUGGUAGCAACAUCGGCUGAGAAGGAACUUCUGGAAAGCAUAGGGAUGGGCAAGGAAAGUUGUUGGGCCGAUGACAACGAUGAUGCAGCAGUCGAUCGUUGGACCAAGAUAAUACAGAAAGGGAAAAAACAAGUUUUCUUUGAAGAACAGUUCGGUAUCGAUUUUGCGGCUCGUACAGCUCAGGUUGAAGGUCCCACCAUUCCUGCUAUUGGGGGAGGAUCCAAUAAUGCAGAAUCUGGACAGACUGAUGCAUAUUCGGUGGAUGCUCCUGGAGUUGAGGCUUUAAAAGCGAUGGAAGGUCGUCUUAUGAAUGCAAUCUCAGAUGGUAUGAAGGAAGUGAACAAAAAAGUCAAGUCAUUGUCUGACCGGCUAACUCUUGUAGAAAACGAAUUGAAAAGUCUUAGGGUGAGUGUUCCCGGAAUGAGUGAACUGCCGUCAGAAAGGGAAAGUGAUAAUCCGUCCAACCAAGAUGGUAGUGAUAAUCCGUCGGAGGAAGAUGGUGGUGAUACUCCGUCGGAGGAAGAUGGUGGUGAUACUCCAUCCGAGGAAGAUAAAGAUGGUGGUUUUAAGGAUGAUAGUGUUCUCGCUAUGGCAAACAAAGUGCAGAGUGAACAUGGUAAUGGUGAUGAUGACAUGGAUGAUACUGCAGAGAUGUCUGCAGCGGCUGAGCAGCUCGAGAGUGAGAUGCUUGAGAAGGAAAAUACUGAGAAGAAGAAAAAGAAGUGGGCGAGAAAAGAUGAUGGAAAAGAAUUAUUUCCUUCGAAAAAGCCAAAGGUUUGCGAUAGUGCGAGGAGUCCCAUUUGGACAAGAGCCCAGGAGGAGGCAGCUCAGAAGGAGGAAGCUCGGAAGGAGGUAGCUCAGAAGGAGGCAGCCCUGAAGAAGGACGCCAAGCAGAAGGGAGGUGAAAAGAAUCAGAGGAAGAAGGCAGCUGAGUAG